AUGGAUGGGGAAGAAGUUUGGGAUGGAGAAGAAAAUGAAGUUAAGGAAGCAGAAGAAGUUAAGGAGGAUGGAGAAGAAGUUAGGGAAGGAGAAAAAGUUAAGAAUGAAGAACAAGUUAGAGAAUUAGAAGAAUUUAAGGAUGGAGAACAAGUUAGGGAAGGAAAAGAAGAAGUUAAGGAUGGAGAAGUAGUUUGGGAUGGGGAAGAAGUGAAGGAAGGAGAAGAAGUUAAGGAAAAAGUAGAAGAAGAAGUUUUGGAUGGAGAAGAAGUUAAGGGUAAAGAAGAAAGUAUGGAUGGGGAAGAAGUUUGGGAUGGAGAAGAAGUUUGGGAUGGAGGAGAAGUUUGGAAUGGAGGAGAAGAACCGAAGUAUGGAGAAGAAAUUAAGGAAGAAGAAGGUUGGGAAGGAGACGAAGUCAAGGAAGAAGAAGUUUUGGAUGGAGAAGAAGGUAAGGAUAAAGAAGAAAGUAUGGAUGGGGAAGAAGUUUGGGAUGGAGAAGAAGUUUGGAAUGGAGAAGAAUCUACUAAGUAUGGAGAAGAAAUUAAGAAAGAAGAAGUUAAGGAAGGAGAAGCACUUUCGGAUGGGAUGAGAUGGGAUAGGAUAGGAUAA